UUUACACUCUUGCUGGAGACACCCCGCUGGAAAUAGGAAAUGGUUUGUUCCAAAUUCGUCAGUUGAACUCGAAACUGAAAGCAUAUUUAAGGAGUCAGCCAUCUGCUAUUACAGUCCGAAAGUGCGUCACAUUUUACAAAGAGACGAAAAUCAGUGGAUGUGAUUUGUCAGAUCUGCAUAUGAAGCUCCAUUAUGAGCAACGCACAGACAUCUACAGAUGGAGACUCUUCUCCACAGUCCAGUUUAUUUCAUCAGAUGAGAUCAGAUCCAGAGUUCAGCUGUGUGUCUAUGAAGAGUGACCGCUCUAUGAAUCCACCAGUAGUAUUUAAGAAUGAUGACACAGCACAUGAUCUCAGUUCAUUUCAUCAGAAGAGAUCAGAUCCAGAGUUCAGCAGUGUGUCUUUGAAGAGUAACCGCUCCAUGAAUCCACCAGUGGUUUUUAAGAAUGAUAAUAAAUCGCCUGUUCACAGUUCAUUUCCUCAGAAGAGAUCACAUCCAGACACGAAGGGUGACAUGUCUAUGAAUCCUCCAAAAACAUUUAAGAGUGACGAUGCAUCGCCUGCUGUCUGCCAUGAGUCUGAACUCCUCAAGAGAUUCAAAUCACAUCUGAGGAAGAAGUUUGAGUGUUUGUAUGAGGGAACAUCACAGCAGAGAAACCCAACACUGCUGAAUGAGAUCUACACAGAGCUCUACAUCACAGAGAGUGAAAGUGGAGAGAUCAGUAAUGAACAUGAGGUGAGACAGAUUGAGACACAAUCCAGGAGAACAGCAACAGAGGACACACCGAUCAAAUGCAACGACAUCUUUAAAGCUUUACCUGCACAAGACAAACCCAUCAGACGUGUGCUGACAAAGGGAGUCGCUGGCAUUGGAAAAACAGUCUCUGUGCAGAAGUUCAUUCUGGACUGGGCUGAAGGGAAAGAGAAUCAGGACGUCCACCUCAUAUUUCCACUUCCUUUCAGAGAGAUCAAUCUGAUGAAGAACCAAACACUCAAUCUUUUACAUCUUCUUCAUCUUUUCUUCCCAGAGACAAAGGAAAUGGAAAUCUCCAGCGGUGAAUAUAAAGUGUUGUUCAUCUUUGAUGGUUUGGACGAGUGUCGUGUGUCUCUGGAUUUCCACAGCAGUGUGAGGUUGUGUGAUGUCAGUGAAUCAGCCUCAGUGGACGUGAUCCUGACAAACCUCAUGGCGGGGAAUCUGCUUCCCUCCGCUCUCAUCUGGAUCACCUCCAGACCAGCAGCAGCUGAUCUCAUCCCCUCUGAGUGUGUUGAUCGAGUCACAGAGGUACGAGGCUUCACUGACAAACAGAAGGAGGAAUACUUCAGCAAGAGAAUCAGUGAUGAGAGUCUGAACCACAGAAUCAUCUCACACCUGAAGUCAUCCAGGAGCCUGUACAUCAUGUGUCACAUCCCAGUGUUCUGCUGGAUUUCAGCCACUGUUCUAGAGAGAAUGUUGAGUGAAGCAGAGAGUGAAGGAGAGAUCCCCAAGACUCUCACUCAAAUGUACACACACUUCCUGAUCAUUCAGACACACAUCAAACAUCAGAAGGACUAUGAGAAGAAAGAGCAGAAUGAUGAAGACAUGAUCUUCAAACUGGGCAAACUGGCCUUUGAGCAGCUUGUGAAAGGCAAUGUGAUCUUCUAUGAUGAGGACCUGAGAGAGUGUGGCAUUGAUGUAGCAGAAGCAUCAGUGUACUCAGGAUUGUGCACUCAGAUCUUCAGAGAGGAGUUUGGCUGGUAUCAGGGGAAAGUUUACUGCUUUCUUCAUCUGAGCAUUCAGGAGCAUCUCGCAGCUCUUUAUGCUCACAUCUCCUUCAUAAAUGAUAAAACACAGCUGUUCUUUGGCACCUUUUUGCAGACUCCUUUGUCUGACCUGCAUCAGAGAGCUGUGGAUGGAGCUCUGCAGAGUAAAAAUGGACACUUUGACCUUUUUCUUCGCUUUCUUAUGGGUUUUUCACUGGAGUCUAAUCAGAAUCUUCUCAGAGGUUUUAUGACACAGACAGUAAGAAGCUCUCAAAGCAAUGAGAAAACAGUCGAGUAUAUCAAGAAGAAGAUCAAGAAGAAUCAUUCUUCAGAGAAAUCCAUCAAUCUGUUUCACUGCCUGAAUGAACUGGGUGAUGAUUCACUAGUUAAGGAAAUCCAGCAUCAUGUGAAAUCUGGAACAUUAAGUGAAGUCAAACUCUCUUCAUCUCAGUGGUCAGCUGUAGUUUUUGUGUUGUUGACAUCAGAACAGAAGCUGGAUAAAUUUAAUCUGGAUGAUUUUGUUGGAGAAAACACAGAUGAAAGACUCGAAGUUUUUCAGAAGAUGCUGCCUGUAAUUCGUGAAUCCAGAUCAGUUCAGAUAUUGUGGCUCUAUUUGCCAUUGGUUGCCAGCCGUUGGCCAGUUGUGCUGAAGAUUCAUUUUAGGUAUUUCUGAAUACUCUUUUUUUUUCCUGAAAAGAUCAGGAGAUUCAACUUUGGUUGUAAAAUCUUCCAGAUGUACGUGUGAAAGCUUUUGCACAUAGUAACUAGUGCGUUCCGCUGGACUAAGGGGUUGUUCGAGAACUUGGGGUUCCUCCACCAGUUCUCCACUGUAAAUUGCCUCUUCAUAAGCUGCAGCCUCCGCUAGUGCAACAGCCACUGCCUUUUGGCUUUUGAGAAGAUGUAAGCUUGCCUCUAAAUCUGCUUUUUUUCAUUAUUACCUCUGCUUCCUGUUCUGCAAAGGCAGUAUUUGCAGAACAGGUAAGGUAAAGGUAGUAUCUUCCACAGAUUCGCUUUCUUGCUGCCCAGCUUCAUUUGUUUGAAUGCUUUUUAGCUGAUACUGUUUCCCUGAACGUAGACUCAUAGUUGAUGCGCAAAGUUCUCUUGUGGUUGACUUGCUUUCCGAUCGUCCUUUUACUAUACUGUCCUCACAAUGAGUAGCUUACAAAGUUAGACAGCGAGCUAACAUCAGGCAUAGAACUCCAAUAAAUGUCAUACUUUUCUUGAUUUUAAUUUGAAGGAAGCAGUGGUGUAGUCUAGUCUUUUGUAGUGAGUAUACUCUUGAUUUCCCCCCAGCCUACUCACCCGUCAGGUCGACAACCCAUUUAUAAGCACCACCACACUCACGAAUGCAUAGAGUAUGCCUCUAUAUGUAAUCAAGAGCAUUCUGAAAAAUGUAUUGGAAGCAAGAUUUCAAUGACAGCUGGGGUGACUUGCUGGUGUCUCUCAGCCAGUUAAGAGUUACAUUUAGCCUAAGAUGGUAUAUGUAUACAAACCCCAAAGCACAGGUUUUAUCAGCUGGCGAUUUUCAAUGCACAUUUGUGAUCCAUGUGAAAACCCAGCUAUAAAGUCAUUUAUUUGUGAUUAAAUACUAUUUCUACUUAAACCCACCCUGCUAAAAGAUACUAUUACAUAAAUUCUAUUGGUUUACUUUCACUAUUAAGAACCACAAAUUUUUCUUUUACAAAAUUAAAAAAAUGUCUUUGGAAUUUGUCAGGAUCUGGGACUAUUGUUUCUUGUUUUUUUGCCACUAGAGGUCACUGUUUCACCUGUUGUUCACAUUAGCGUCAUUGUCUUCAACUCAACUCAACUUUAUUUAUAUAGCGCUUUUACAAUUUUCAUUGUUACAAAGCAGCUGCACAUGAGACACAUUGACUACAAGCAAAACAAUCAAAGUUGUACCUGCAAAAACAAGAAAAGGUUGAAAACACAGAAGACAGACACACCCACACACACACAAAACACUCCACACACACAACACGCACACGCACCAACACACGCAGAC